UUGUUACUCGCCAUGUGGGUGCUGAGAAUCAAACUUGAGUUCUGCAAGAACAGCUAGUGCUCUUAACUUCCGAGCCAUCUCUCCAGCCCCGCUUUCACAUUUUGGUAGGCCAAAGUGCCCUCCCAAGAUGACUGUGUGACUGUAUCAGUUUAUGUGCAGGGUUGUCUUUCCCUGUGGGUUGGCAAGCAGUUACAGGACUGCACAAUGGGUCUGCGGAUUCACUUUGUUGCUGACCCACAUGGUUGGUGCUGCAUGGGUUUGAUUGUCUUUGUCUGGUUAUACAAUAUUGUUUUAAUUCCCAAAAUUGUCCUCUUUCCUCACUAUGAAGAAGGACAUAUUCCAGGCAUUUUAAUAAUAAUAUUCUAUGGCAUUUCUAUAUUUUGUCUGGUGGCUUUAGUGAGAGCCUCCAUAACUGACCCUGGAAGACUCCCCGAGAACCCCAAGAUCCCACAUGGAGAAAGGGAGUUCUGGGAAUUAUGUAACAAGUGUAAUUUGAUGAGACCAAAGCGUUCACAUCACUGCAGCCGCUGUGGCCAUUGUGUGAGGAGAAUGGAUCAUCACUGUCCAUGGAUAAACAAUUGUGUUGGUGAAGAUAAUCACUGGCUUUUUCUGCAGCUGUGUUUCUACACUGAACUUCUUACUUGCUACGCACUGAUGUUUGCUUUCUGCCACUAUUAUUAUUUUCUUCCACUAAAAAAGCGUAAUUUGGACCUGUUUGUUGUUCGGCAUGAGUUGGCUAUCAUGAGACUAGCUUCCUUCAUGGGUAUUACUAUGCUAGUUGGAAUAACUGGACUCUUUUAUACACAGCUAAUUGGCAUCAUUACAGAUACAACAUCUAUUGAAAAGAUGUCAAACUGUUGUGAAGAAAUAUCGAGGCCCCGAAAGCCAUGGCAGCAGACCUUCUCAGAAGUUUUUGGCACUCGUUGGAAGAUCCUGUGGUUCAUUCCUUUCAGGCAGAGGCAACCACUGCGAGUUCCCUACCACUUUGCCAAUCACGUCUAAACAGAUGGAUGGUGGGCACAGAUGGGUCCUCCAUGCUGGAAAUGCGUUACAGGUUUUAUGAUAAUAGAACUAUGACAGUCUUCAAGUCAAUUAAAAUCCACCCACCAAUCUUAGGCAUCAUAAUGUGCCCCAGGCUUUAUUUUAAUAGUGAUCUUGAUCCUGUUGUGGGACUAAUACAAGAUCUAUAUUUAAGUUUUAAAAGCAUGUUUACUUUCAAAUUAGCUUUCCACCAGGAUUUCUUUAAAUGUUUUUGUUACUAAUCUCAAAAGGCAGUGAUUGGGAUGAAAUAAUUGUACAUAAAUCUCUUUUAGUACUCACAGUGUUACACAUUUUAAUUUAUGGGAAAUUUGAGAUGUUUAUUUAAAAUGUUUACCUUUAAGCAGUACUAACCAAAUUUGAAUUUAAUUCUUCAGGUUUACAAAACUUCUUAUGUGUAAAUUUUCUUUUUCAAAUACAAAUUAGAAUGCUUACUACUUCCUCUUAUAUGUGUUACAGAUUUUAAAAUGUAGCCCAGGAAUGAACUGCAAAGGGCAGUGUUUUCCUAGGAGUCGCUUUCUCUUUAUUGAAACCAAAAUAGAAAUAUCACUAAUGUAAAGCACUAACUACCUACCUUAUUAUAAAGGAAAAGUUGAUUCUGCCCACAUUUUCUGUUGAAAUUAUGUAUUGCUAUCAGAAUAUUUGCUUUCAGGAGAAAUUUAUGACCAGUUGGGCACGCAUUCCUAUUUUACCCUAAGAUUCCAAUGAACGCAAAGGGUAGAAAAUCUGCAAUAAUUCCACAGUUACUUCUCCAAGUGCAGUUAUAUUAGAAUGCAGAUGUUUUUAAAAUGCUAGAGUAACUGGACCAUAUGUAAUAUACAGUCUAAAGAGGAGUAAUGUGCUUUUAAAGUAUGUGUACUCCUUUAAUUUAUCUGCUACUAGGGCAGAAGUACACGUUGAAAGUUUCUAGGUAAUAGAUAUUGGCCAGCUUAUAUCCGUUUAUUUAUAGGAAGUUACUAGUAAAAAUAAGUCAUUGGCUUUAGAUACCAGUGAUCACUCAAGUUGAAAUUUCCACUGGCCAGUUAUAACUUGCAUUGCAAUAGAGACCUUUUAUUACUAGUUGAUGUUAGGAAAUUACAUUAAAAUAUAAUUAUGAUCCGUAGUACUGAUGGUCUCUUGGAAAGUGUAGAAUAUUUGUAUGAAAAGACAUUCAGUAUGCUCUAAUUUUCUUCCAUUAGAAUACUGCAAAUCCAUAUGUUUGAGAGUGUGUGCUCAGCAGGCUUCCCUGAAAGGAAGAUGGAGCAAGUCUACCAUUCUUGCACCAUAGUCAUGCUUUUACGGUUAGUUGUCAGAGUAGGGGCUCAUACCUGGGAAGUGAUAAAGCAGAUUACCGUUGCCAGCUAUAUGGCUAGUUCUUUUAGAAACUGUAAAUGACUUACAAAGUCUUCUGAAAUAAUAGAAUAAGUUCUUCUCAGAAAUAUUAAUGCCAUAUUUUCAUGCUCUAAUUAUGUUUAUUAAGAACUUAGAGGUGGCAGAUGAAAGUAUUUAUUGGUGCUAAGACACAUAGUAAAUUUAAUAUAAGAAAUAUUUAUAAAGGUUAGGAAACAUAAAAUUAUUGUUUAUUUUAGGCAUAGGGGUUAGAUUUUGUGCAAGCUAAUUGACCAAAUUGGCUGACGACUGAGUCAUUAAAAGGAAGUGAUGUAUAUAUGAUGUAGGGAGAUACAAGUUGAAUGCCUUAGGUUGUAUAUAUUCCUCUCGAGCAUAUAGCAGAGCCAAAUGCAGGCCUGGUACAAGCCUUAUGGACUUCUGUACAUCUGGAGUAGCAGUAGCUGUACUGAAAGCUCAGGGGAAGGUUCUUUCCCAACCUGGGGUUUUUGGGGCUGGUUUUCUUGACUUACUGCUGCCAGGGCACAACCUCUUCCCUUUCUUACCCUCCCAGGUCCUCAUCCCUCUGUGCAGUUCCUUCAAGUUACUAGACUACAAACUAAUGCACUCAAGUAUACACUGAUUUUGUUGGAGCUGCAGAAAUGCUAAUAUCAGUAUAUUUACAUAAUAUAUAUUGAAGUAUAUGUAUAUAUACUUAUGCAAUAUUCCUAAAUUUGUAUGUCUAACCCCGCCGUGGGGUUUGUAAUUGCUAUUAGACUACUAGUGAGAAGCCCACUGACAGUUUCCUAGGGAGUACGCUCUGGUGUUCUUUCUGCGCCCUCUGUUGGCUAAUCAGAGUAAUUAGACUGACUGUGUAGAGGCUUUUAUUAUCCCAUCAGUCACCAAAAUGGGAUACACCAAAUGUAUCACCAAAGUUUGAGCAUGCCAGGGUUACACACUUAGGAGAACAUAUGUGCAGAUGUGUAAAUGAAAAUUAAAGAUGGGUGUGUUAGCUGUUUAUAAUUGCU